ACAAACUAUCAGCGCCCGCCCACAACUUAUCGGCUCUGUCUAGAUUCUUCUGACAGACGAAUGAUCGCAGAUAUUCCUGUACUGAAUACGGUCUAAUGGCUUUUAAAACGCGGGAUUCUAUUUCAAAUGUACAGGCGUGAAUGAAUAUGAAAGUGGCCCAACGGGAAGAAAGGAAGAAGUCAUUUUUACCGAUUUUUAUUUAUUUAUUUUUUUUGGUGUACGUGACGUCACUCACAUCGUUGGUCAGAAUAUGAAUGUAUGGAUGUUACAAUGUUUCUCCUCUGAAAACACGAUGAGCUGAACUGGGCUUUACUAACGUGAGAGACUCAGACCAUGAAUUACGUGGGGCAGUUGGCGGGGCAGGUGUUCGUGCAGGUGAAAGAGCUCUACAGAGGUCUGAAUCCCGCCACGCUCUCCGGUUGCAUAGAUGUCAUCGUUGUCCGGCAGCCGGAUGGAGCUCUGAUCUGCUCUCCAUUUCACGUACGCUUCGGAAAAAUGGGCGUCCUGAGAUCACGAGAGAAAGUGGUGGACAUUGAGAUCAAUGGGGAACCUGUGGAUUUACACAUGAAGUUGGGCGAGAACGGAGAAGCUUUCUUCGUCAAGGAGACAGAAGACGAUCAGGAAGUGGUUCCAUCUUACCUGGCCACAUCUCCCAUUCCAUCCGACGGGGGGCUUCUGAUGGGCUCCUGCAGUGAGAAUGGAAUAAUGAAGAAGAGGAGGAAGAGGAGAAGGAAGUUUAGAAUGGAGGAUGUGAAGAGGGAAGAAAGCGUGGAGUUCUCAGAGGAAGAACUGUUCAACAGCGAGCAGCCUGAUCAGAACAGAGAUCUGAUGAACGGAGGUUCAUCCACUGGAAACAAACAAAACACAAUUCAUGCUCGUUCAGAUGGAGAGUGGAGUCCUGUUCACAGUCCUCAUGUGUCUCGUCCAUGCACCCCUAAAAGUGACUCUGAGCUGCUUAAAGAUCAGCAGGAGGAUUCGGCCAUGCUGUGGUCCUGGGGGGAGUUACCACAAGCUGCCAAGCCAGCGUUUUUAUCAUCGAAACCAGACAUCCUGCCUGCGUGCCCACUGUCAAUCCCGGUCUCUGACAACACACAUUUCAGAGUCAUCCCUGACACAGCUGUCCAUGGCCACGACAGAAACAGGAAAUUACAUUCUGACAGCCAAUCAAACAGAGCGGCUUGCGUGAUAUCAGCGGUGGAGGAGGGAGGAGCAAAUACUGGAUCCCGCCCACAAAAAAAGACUGAUUCUCCGUCUAAAAGAAAAGAUAAGAAAAGCCGCCACCUGGGUUCUGACGGCGUGUAUUUGGAUGAUCUAAAAAAUCUGGAGCCAGAAGUGGCAGCACUUUACUUCCCGAAAAGUGGUUCGAACGGCGUUCGCAGUGUGAAUGUGUCUCCUCAGUCCAUGUGCAGCUCGGGAGCCGACAGCGGCGUGGACAGUUACGACCUGCCCUCUAUGGCCAUCUCUCUGUGUGGAGGACUCACAGAAAAUAGAGAGAUCACUAAAGAACAUUUCCAGCAGAAGUCUGUGUCAUUUCAGCAGUUUGCUGAUAGUCCAUCCAUCAUUGAUGACCCUAAUCUGGUGGUGCAGAUCAACUCUAAGUAUUAUAACUGGAGCACUGCUGCUCCUAUUAUGUUGGCUAUGCAAGCCUUCCAGAAACCAUUGCCUAAGGCCACAGUAGAGAGACUUACGAAGGAGAAAAUGCCCAGAAACCGAGGAAGAUGGUGGUUUUCAUGGCGAGGAAGAACAAACAGCACCAAACUGGAUUCAGUCUCCGGUGGUUCGGCAUGCCAUGCAGGAGAUGAGACCAUCAAGAACAGGCGCAUAGACGAAUCCUCCUCCAGCGAUGAAGGCUUAACUGCCAAACAAACCCCCGUCCCUGUUCACACAGACCCCGCCCCUGCAGGAGGGGGCGUGUCCUAUCAGAAAACGCUCCGCCUCUCUUCAGAACAGCUCGUCAGUCUGCAGCUGAAGGACGGUCCUAAUGACGUGGUGUUUAGUGUGACGACGCAGUAUCAGGGCACAUGUCGCUGUGAGGGAACCAUCUAUCUGUGGAACUGGGAGGAUAAAAUCAUCAUAUCAGACAUCGAUGGCACAAUCACCAGGUCAGAUAAGCUGGGGCACAUUUUGCCCACACUGGGUAAAGACUGGACCCAUCAGGGCAUCGCAAGCCUGUAUCACAACAUCAACCAGAACGGGUAUAAGUUUCUGUACUGCUCGGCGAGAGCGAUCGGCAUGGCUGACAUGACACGGGGUUACCUGCACUGGGUCAAUGAGAGAGGAACCAUGUUACCUCAGGGACCCGUUUUACUGUGUCCCAGCAGCCUGCUUUCAGCACUGCACAGGGAGGUGAUUGAGAAGAGGCCGGAGAAGUUUAAGGUGGCGUGUUUGACAGAUAUUAAGAAUCUGUUCCUCCCAAACACUGAGCCCUUCUACGCAGCGUUUGGGAACAGAGGCACGGACGUGUUCUCCUAUAAAGAGGUGGGAGUUCCCUUAAACCGAAUCUUCACUGUCAAUCCUAAAGGAGAACUGAUCCAGGAACAUGCCAAGACCAACAUCUCAUCGUAUGUGCGUCUAGGUGAGGUGGUGGAUCACGUCUUCCCGCUCCUGAAGCGCAGAGGGUCCUGUGAUUUCCCCUGCAGUGACACCUUCAGCCAGUUCACCUUCUGGAGAGAACAGCUUCCCCUCGUGGACGGACAGAUGGCGAACACCAGUCGCUGAACGACUCACAUAAACUGCACAGAAUACAGAAAGACACCGGCUGAAAACCAAAACUGAACAUACUGGAAUCAGUGCAAUUUAUGAAAAUCACACACAAAAUACAUGUGUGGGUCUGGACCUCAGAAGAAAAAAACUGCACUUUCUUUCAAAGAAGUCUUCACGUGUCAGUCGUGAUUUAGAGUAUACUGUUAGAUUUGUAAAAAGAAAAAAAAAAAGCUCUGAUGUUAGAUAUAUUUUGAAUGUUUCAGUUUUGCUUGUGGCAAUCACAAGCUUUUGUGUUUUUUUAUGAAUGUACUGCAAGAACAAUCCAUCACGUCAGGGUAGUUACUGUCAUUUCAACGAACCAUAUGAAUUUGUUAAAGUCAGACUGAAUGACAAAUUAAUAAUGUUACAUAUCACAUAUUAGACCUUUUUCAUGUUUCCAGGUUUCUCAGUAGUGGAAGUCGUCAUAGUUGAGUAAACGUCGAGAGUCCGAGGGUAUCACAAGUGUAUUUUUUGCAUUCCCAUUUGCUCAAACAGCGAAAGAAAAACUCCAAUAGUGUUUUCACGACUUUCAAAAAAGGACAAAGACUGAAAGAGACUGAUAGCGGCAGUCAAAAGAGAGAAUGAUGUCCAAUGUACCAUCCCUCCCAUAGACGCUGCAUUAAAAACAACCUUGCGUUAGCGUUAACUUUUUUUUAUUUGAAAUAAUAAUAGUUAUUAUUAUUAUUAUUAUUGUAAUUUGAUGCAAAGGUGAUAUAAUACAAUGUAUAGUGUUACA